AUGGAUCAUCUUCCUUGGUACGCUCCAUGUGGGGUUAGUCCUGUGCGAGUGCCGUUCAUAUGCGGCGGCGAAGCUCUCUGCGGGGGCGACGAUUUCCUCGAGUUUCCUGAGAAGCAAGAGUGGCAGUGGAAGCAUCCCGAAUCACUUUUACAGCUCGCAAGAAUGGGACAAGCCUGGCUGUUUUUCGGUCUGCUUGGCAUCGUCGGAAUUUCGCCGGAGGCCUGCAUUUCAGCCGUUGAUGACGCCACAUCAACGAUAGCCGAAGAGAGAUGGAUUGAUACGUCCCACCUGCCAGAUCUCCUCCAAGGUCUUAAGAACCCCGAGGAGUCCGCCGUUCAAGAAGUCAGGAGAUCUCGACUUGCGGACGCCAUAGUUAGGGCAAAGCACGUCAUGUCUCAUAUCUGGAUACCUUACAUUUGGGAAUUCGAUGCUCAAGAUAUGCCUACUCUCUGGAACUCACCCUCGUAUGCUAUAAUUUUCAGCAUAGAGGUGCUCUUGGACGCUCUUGAAGCCAUCUUGAGCUUCGAGAAUGAUGACCUCGAGAAGCUGGGAUCAAAAUCCCUGCUCGCAAAGUUCACGCCAGGGAUUGCUCGAAGCCUGCUGCAGGUAGGGAAAUGCGGCAGCUUGGCCUAUCGGCUUCCCUUUACUGCGUCCAAGCUCUAUCACCUGAUGUCCUUGCCUGAUGGAUCCGAUCUGCAUCGGCACAAUCAUUCCCUGUGCAAGGAAACCAGCUGCAGUUUAAUGAACGUGGACUCAUUGACGUAUCGCACGCAACAUACCCAGCGCUGCGUCGCAUGCGAAAACCUCGAGAUAAUGGAGGCAGAACUCGUGCGUCUCAUCCAGCGCGACGAAGUGCCGGUGAUCCGAAGUACCAUGGAUUCGAGCAGCAAUUUACGCGUCUCGAUCGUCAAGAUGGACCCCACGGUUGAUUAUGUUGCCAUCUCGCACGUCUGGGCAGGAGGAUUGGGUAACUUUCAGGCCAACAGUCUCCCACACUGCCAGCUGCAAGCAUUACAUCGGGAUGUGUUGGAUGUGAUGAUCUGUGCAUAUGACGACGACUGUGUGAGCUACAAUGAUGCCUCAGUUGAUAUCCCUCGCGGGAUGAUACGUAAACUUGUGCCAAGACCGCAGAAUCCAGACGGACGAGCAUGGUUUGGUUCUCAGCGCACACAGACAACCUGCUACUAUUGGAUUGACACUCUCUGCAUCCCCGUCCACCAGCGCGACGAGAAAAUACGAGCUAUAAACUCCAUGGGGAGGAUCUACGCUGGCGCAGCCAACAUCGUUGUCUUGGAUCCCACCUUGAGCAGAACCAACUUUUCUACACUCCAUAGAACGCCCGGGGAGAUGACGGACGCUAUUUACAGCGAGGAAGUUGACAGAGACGGUGAAGACCUAAGACAUUUCAGAGCCAACAUGCUGGUCGACGCCUCACCGUGGAUGGCCCGCAGCUGGCCACUACAAGAAGCUGCACUGGCCUCGACCAUUUACGUCAAAUUUGCCGACCGCAAGUUCCUCUACGAGAGUUCACGCUUAGGUAUCUCCAGUACGCUACAGACAUUACCAAACCAAGAGUCCCGUCGCCUCAUGUGGGGCGGAGACUCGUUGUGGUCGUUAUACUCAGAUGUGUUAGGCACCGGAGAGCCUUUACCGCACACGCCCAAUACUGAGUUCAUCUCGGUCUGGAACCAGCUGACCCGGAGGACAACCUCGUAUCCGGAAGAUGUUCCCGCCAUAUUCGCAGCACUUCUCUACAGAAGCGCUGGGGAGCUUCUAUCCAUCGCGCCGCAACUUCGCUCACGAGCCAUCCUGCGUUGUGUCGAAUCCCUGCCCCUUGAUAUCCUGACCGUGGAUCGCGAUCGCGCGGUAGACACUAAGGCUGGGUGGGUGCCCAGAUUUCCGGGUUCACGGGAACGUGUACCCGAGAUAGACCUCACACAUGGCGUACUUGAGCGCACAGCCAACGGCUUCCUUGUCCGGCCCGCACUAAAUCCUUCCGGGCCCACGCGCAUCUUGAUAUGUCCAUCUGGUGUAGGAGUUUCCGACUACAUUCUGUUGCGAGACGCGCUAUCUGGUGAGGCUAUUACGCUACGGGCCGAAUCCCCGGCCGCAGCCUUUCGAGGCAAGCUCCCGGCAGCUUCAUCAGGACCCCAACUUCUGUUAUUGCUCUCUAAGCCUUGCCUGCAGACGCCUAGCUGGAAUUUCGGCAUCCUGUGUGACAUCCACGAGCACACCAAGGAUAUGGUUAAGACGCGGCUCGUCGACACCACCAUCACCUGGAAGGCGGAGCGCGAUCCACAUGGUAAAUUGCAGCACACAAGCUCCGAUUGUCGAGUCCUGGAAGAUUCUUGUUCGAUAUACAUCGAAAUGGGCAUGUUAAUUUCCAUUCCUAAUCUCCCUCCUCCUUUUCACACCGCUAUGGCUCUUUCCCGCAGAAUCUACCGCUUCUCCUUUAGGUGGUUUAGUCGGCUGACGUGA